AUGGCUGCCUUCAGACUCCAAAACACUGCAGCUUCUCCUCUCAUCAUGUUUGGUAAAGGGCUGACCAUUACGAGCAUAUUUAUUCCAAUGAUUUCUGUUUUUGUUGGAAUGUCCAUUACCGGAGCCGCGGACAAACCGGCACUUUGGCGCAUUGCACUUGGAGGAGCAUCAGCUGCCUUUGGGGUUCUCACGAUGCAUUUUCUGGCAAUGAAAGCGAUGACCAUUAACCUACGAUGGAGACCUGGGAUCAUCGCACUUUCCAGUAUCGUCGCCUGGCUCACGACUUCCGUCGCGUUGUUCACAUUUUUCAAGCUAAGGCAAUACUGGCAAACGAGCUGGCUGAAGCAGGUCGGAUGCGCCAUGCUUUUGGGGGGAGCAAUAACCGCCACGCAUUAUCUAGCCAUGUACGCCGCUUUUUACCAAGAUGGAGAUGUCAGUGUCCCCUCAGCAUCAAGCCUAACUCAAUCCCAAGUUCUCAACAUUGGAGCAGGCUUCUCAGUGGUCACGGGUCUUUUGCUAGCUGCGCUUGCAGCACGACGCAUCCAUGCGUUCUCGUACGGUGGCUCACAGCGUGGACAGCAACUGACAUUGGCCUGCCUUUUACUCAACCGAGAGGGCCAAGUGCUUGUUGAUAUUGACGGGAAACUCCCUAACCGCCCUGUCACAGGAGAGUUUGAUAUAAGUCUCAAAAGCCCCCUCUCGCCCGCUCUACUAUGGCUCUUGAAAGUCAGCUGUGCUUGGGGAAGAUUGGGAAGGCUAGCCGCAGCGUUCCGCAAGAACUCGCGCAGGAUUGAAAAACUCUUGACGACUCAGGAUUAUUCCUCCCCUGCGCAGACUGAAGGAAGUUCUACAAGUGGCAGUACUAGUACGCCUUCGUCGUUCCACCGACUUGCCCUCAUUCACGCAGUAACAACACUUUCCACCAUGCUCGGUAUAAGAUUUCAAUUAAUGGGAGCCUUGUACGAUUGUCUGCUCGAAACUCAGGACGGAUGGGUAGCGCUGAUAGUGGACCAAGUUUCCCCGCAUCGGGCAGAUCUCUUGGCUGGCAAAGGGUUUCGGUGGUCGGAUGUUGUGCAUGUUCUCCCGCGUCUUGCGGCCGAUUUGGGAGUAGAGCCCGAGCACACACAAAGUGUCAUUGACGACAUCCCUUCUUAUGUGCAUAAUCACUUUAGUCCUAUCCCGCGCGGGCAGCAUGUUGGUUUAAUGGUCGUGAUAUCCUCUUUACGAGGUUUAAGGAUCAUGGUUGCAGAGCGGAAUCGGUCUUCUCUUCCUCUUAUCCCAAUAUCGUCCGACGCGUUUAACGAGCUGAGAAAAAGUAGGGGUGAUAUGAGCCAGCUUCUGAAGACGUAUGCUUCUCAGCAAGCGCAAGCGGAAGCCCAAGGGGAGCAGCCAGCGCCUGCCGUGGAAAUACUGAAUGCCUUGGGGCAGCUUGGGGUCGCCCAUCCCUCUGAAGAGGGGAGUUUAUCAGCCAAGCUGACCUCAUUCAAGUCUUCCCGACUCCCCUUCUCGUCCUUGACAUCCCCCAGCGAUAUUCUUUGUCUACGUCGCCACGCUGGUUUCAAGUUUAACGACAAUGUAACGCCGGCUACAUCCUCAUCUGGGCUGCCACGUUCCCCUCUUUCACAGUCGGAGGGUAGUCAUUCUGAUACCGAUUUCGAUCAAAAUUGGAUAGCUCGCAUCCCAUUCGAAUCGUAUGUUUAUUCCUCCGACUCCAACAGUGUUGACAUUAUUCUCUUUACAUAUCUCCAGCAUCGCUUGGGAAUUCCCUUCCUUCCACCUCCUGGGUUCAAAAUGGUAGAAUUGCAGACAUUUGAAGCCACGCAUUACUUUCGGUGUUUUCCUGAACGGCAUGGGCGUGCACUUGCGCGAGAGACGGAUAGCGAUUUGGUGGGAUUCGCACAUGAACAUCAGGUAGAGGGAGAUACCGGAACGAAGGGCACAGGACAAGGGGGAGAUAGAAUGGCCACGGAGUCAUCAGCGAAUACAAACAAAGUCAGCUCAUCCAAAGCCAUUGAGAACCCGGAUAUGGUGGUAAUUCACAUCCAAGGCGAGAACGAUCAAUCCGGCAACCCAUCGAGCGACCGAAAUCCAAUGUGUAUGGCUCUUGCUGCUGAGGAUGGAGGGCAAGCAAUGCAGUCCGAAGGAUCUAGCUACAAAAUCAUGGUUGCUCCGGAAAGCCAUCCACGCAAUACUGCCUGUGGCAACGCAGGCGAUGCAGAUGAUUACGGAACGGACGUGUCUUUGAGCCGAUCGUCCUCGUACGUAAAAGACUCUAUACAAACCCUUCAUCAAGAGCAGCAACCCCAGAGUAAUGAAGAGGUGGCUCCAGGCUUUAGUCGGACAAACAAGCCCAGUUUCAUAUCCCUUCCACCCAGGUUGAAUGCGCCAGAGUUUGCGAGCGACGUCCAAAGUUCUGUGAGAGCACCCCGGCACCUCAGUUCGCGAUUUACGUUUCCUUCUCUGCAGGGCUCUGCUGACGGGAGUUUGAGCAGCUUACACUCAAAGCCGCCGAGCGUAGCCUCCCUUUCCCCAUUCACGUGGCGUUAUUCGUCCUACUUUCACACACAUUCUCAAGAGGAUGAUGACGAUCACCGCUUGCGGUACCAAACUGAUGGCCUUGUGACCGGAGGUGCCUAUGAGGACUUGGUUGCUGGUGGUGUCCCUGGCGCUACCGACGUGUGGGCAGCUAUGAGAUGGCUCAAAAUAUAUUUGAGUAGUCAAUCCGUGGGCGGGGGUUUUUCUGGACGCAGUGGAAAGCUGUUACAUAUCCAAUCAGAGGAAUCGUAG